UGCCGGGACAGCAGCAGCAGCAGCAGCUCCCGGAGGUCACCGCCGCCAUCCUCGCCCACGUGCCCGCGAGCAAGUUUUUCACAUCAACUCAUCGUCAAGGAACAGCCCCGAGAGGAGGCCGCCGGAGCUGCUGGGUGACCAUGGCGAAGCACCGGAGCCCCUGUCCUCCCUCGACCCCCUCGACACCAUCUUCGUGAAGCACGUGCGGCCAGGCUCCUCCGCUCACCUGGCCGGCCUCAGAACAGGUGACCGCGUGGUGAGCGUGAAUGGUGAGAGUGUGGGGGCGCGCACGUACCAGGAGGUCGUGGCCACCAUCCACCGCUCCCCCCCCACGCUGCAGCUGCUGGUGGUGCCCCGUGAGCAGGACCUCCUCCAGCAGGUGUUUGGGGAGACUGCCCACAACCCCGAGAGUAACCUGGAUGUAAGAAUGCCAAGCCCCAGCCACCUGCCCCCCCAGCACCUCAUCCGCCACCCUCCUGGAGCCCCCCUGAACCAGCCUCCGCUUGGCGUCCCUCCACAUUACCCUGCCAGUCUUUCAUCCGCCUGGUCGUCUCAGUCGUCGCUCAACUCUGCCAUGUCGACCGGAGCUCACCCAACGCCCGUCAUCAUGGCUCAUCCUCCCUUCCACCAGCGUCCCCACCAGUCCCCCAAGUCGAUGCAGCCCCACGGGGCACACAUCCCCAUCCAUCCCCACCAGCAGUCAUCCCCUGCUGCCCCCACCAACCAGCCCACCACGCCUUACUGGCCAGGGUCAAGGAAGCACUCCCUGUCUGGUGGAGGAGAGAAGCAGUUGGUGUCUUCAGGCAGCAGGAAGCAGUCCUUGCCUGGGUCAGCAGACAGAAGGCAGGCUGUCCACACCAUUCAAAACACUUUAUCCGCUGUGCCUCUUCGUGUGCCUUCAAACGCAGGGAAGCAGACUCUCCUGCCCCCUAGUACAAAUACCCCCGGCGUGCACCCCAACGCUUCCUCCAGUGAGCCCUCCAACGCCUCUGUCUUUGGAGUCUACGAGCCCAUCCUGGACCGGGCGAUGGGGCGAGGCAGCUUUAGGGACAGCCGCCGGUUGGAGCGUGACCCAGACGGACGUAUCUACGAGGUGGUGCAGACCAGGGUCAUCGAGAGCAAGCUCAACAAUGCCAACAUGCAGGCCAGACAGGGCAGCGAGGCCACCCCCAAGAGCCACCAUGGAAGGAAGACCUCUGCUGGGGGAGAAGCCGAUGCCAAGAGGGUUCGUGUGCAGUCCCUGUCUCCACCACGCCUAAAGUCAGAUGGCAUCCCCAUGAGGAGCCUCAGCGUCCACACCCAGCCCGAGCUUGUGGAGGCUGGCCAGGGGCAAGAUGCCAAUCUGUAUGGCAGCCAACAGAGCAUCAGCAGCACAAAGAGUGAAGUUCUCAAUCACAACAACACUAAGAAACACAAUAUGUAUGCGAGGAGAAGCAUGACGGAGCCUCUGUCUGGCAGCCUGAGGGAAGCAGGUAACUCCAAUGACAAGUCAACACAAGAAGUCAUAAACAGAAUAAAGAAGAAUGUGGAGCGCAAGGAGGAGUUCCUGAAGAGGCCAAACCAGCCCAUCUGGCUGCCGGCCAGCAAGGCGCCCACCAUACACACAGAUUAUCACGUCAACCCACAGAAGUUCCAGCGACCGUUAUGGCCGCCACCAGCAGCACAGACACCUCCCUCCCCUGGCUCAAUAACCAAGGCCCUCUCAUGCCUUGCAGGGAGCAAGCAAGCAAAGUCUGAUGACCCCAGUGAAGGCUCAGGACAGUCAGAAUCAGACAAGAAGUCUAGUGAAGAUGCAGAGAAUCAGGCUCCAGUGCAGGAAGCCUCCCUGGUCCCCCGCUCACUCGUGGGCAACUCCGUGCCCAAGCCUUAUGUGGGGAGCAGCCCAGAGACUAGUCAGGCAAACUCCAGGUAUGGGAAAGGCUUCACCACGACACUCUCCCGCAUCCAGGAGAACAUCCCCAUCCCUGAGCAUGGCUCCACGUCCUCACUGGCCAGCCGUUCUGGGGGGACCAACUCCAGCACUCCCACCGGCAGUGAAAGGUCCUUCUCUGCUGGAAUUCUGCGUCCUGUUCCUCUGGCGUGGGUUGGGGACAACGAACGCAUAAAGCAACUGCAGAUUGUCUCCAAGAGGGCCAAGCAGUUUGAAAGCAGCAAGCUGGAGAAGGAAUCCCCGACCAAGUCGGCCUUCCACCGCUUUGAGCUGUCCCGACUCUCCCAGCGCUCAAAGAUCCCCAACGUGGCUCAGAGGAAGCAGGAAUUUGAGAAGAAAGACAGCGAACAAAACUCCCCCAGUUUUGAGUUUGAGUUUGGCACGCAGUACAGUAAUGCCCCAAGGCAGCGCAAGAGCGCCGAGCUGGUGCGCAGUGUUGUGGUGUCCCGGGAGCUGUCCCCCUCACCCCCCAAGGUGUUUAGGUCCCUCUCUGAUGGAGGAACAGUCUUCCCUGUCAGCAGGCACCUCUAUGCUGCGGGGUAUGACGAGGGAACUCCCCCUCCUACAAGCGAGGAGGAGGAGACCGUGCGGCUGUGCAUGAACAGAGUGAUCCCCAUCGGAGGGCCUCACAUCCACUGCCAGCCCCCGCCUCACAUGGCCGGAAACAGACCCCAGAGUGACUCAGACGUGCUUGAGAGAGAGCGAUCCAACUCGGUGUGCUCCCAGGCCUCCAUGACCAGCCUGUGGUCCACCCAGUCCAUGGACGAGAGCAGCACCACGCGACAGAAGGGCAUCACUCGACAAAACUCGUACCUGAGCGCCGUUCACUCCCCGCUGCCUUACGGAGAGUUAGCGAAGCAGCGCGGGGAGGCUAACGCCCCAGCCGCCCCCAACGAGACAACCGCCACCUCCUCCACCACCACCUCCACCUCCACCCCUCCACCCUACCCAUCCCCCGCCGAUGGUCACGCUCCCCGCCCCAAACGCCCCACCUUCCUCCCCAUCAAGAACCAUGCCCGCCCCGCCCUCACUGCCAAUGACAAGCAGUCCCCCGUCGGGCCUGGCAAGGGGCUGGAGGAGAGAUCGCAUGCGUCCCUCCCCCCUGCCAGGAGCGCCACUCAGAGAACAGCCUCAUGCUCGUCCCUCGGCAGCCUGCCCCAUAGCAUGUACCAGCUCCCUGCAGUGCCGACACCUACGGUGCCGACCUCGAGUGCCGGCACCGUGGCAGGCAUCACCGUGGUGACGUCAGCAACCACCUCCACGGGCGCCACCACCACCACCACCGCCGCCUCCACCGCCACCGUCAGCACCAGCAACGCGCGAGGCCCCGCGGCAGCCAACGACGCCCUGGUCUCGCGGCGGAACAAGGCUCUCUAUGGUGAGUUUUUGAGGCGUGGUUCAGGUGCGCCUGUGUUGCAACGCUCGCACUCCAGGGAGGAAGGGGAGCGGCUGGUGCGGCGAGUGUCCUACCUCAAGGCGACGUCCGGGGACCGCAUGUACCCCGAUUCCGACCUUGACUCCGACACCGACGACAGAAGCGGGGUCCGCGUGGGCGUGCCGACGGAGGCUGACGGUGUGGAGUGCGUGACGCCCCACACCCCCGGGGGCCGCCUGCUGCUGGGACACCCCCCCUCCCCCGACUCGGUCCAGUCAGCAGUGGUCCGCCAGGGCACCCUGCACGUCAAGCUGACCCACGUGGACGGCAAGAGGGCUGCUGACCGCUCGUGGAAGGCGGUGUGGGCGGUGAUGCAAGGGCGCGCCAUCAUUUUCUACAAGGACCGACAACACGCCAUGCAGACGCCCUUGGGAGUUGAGGAUCAGAUAUCCCUUCGUGGGGCUGAGGUGGAGGUGGCAAGCGACUACACCAAGCGUCGAAAUGUCUUGCGUCUUGCCACCCCUGGGGGCUCCCAGCUCCUCCUGCAGGCAGACACUCCCCCAGAGAUGUUUGCCUGGCUUUCUUCCCUUCAAAACAACUGUGCCACACAGGAUGGUGAAGGAGACAGCAAGGCCCCCAUGAACAACAACAUCUCACCCCAAACUGGCAACAAGGCGAUGAGGAAGCUGACAUCCCUGAGGACCCGCUCCCCCACCGGCCAGUCCCCGUCCAUCAAGACUCGCAAGCCCGGCAGUGUGGAGAGCAAUACUUCGCCAAAAUCAAAAACAUGGAGGGGUCAUCUGAAGAGGCCCUUCAUGAAGAAAGUACAAAGUGGGUCCCCAGCAGCUACUCCCACAAUGCCACUGCCAGAGGGAGCAACCAUUGGAGUGUGCCUGGAGGACUGUCCACAGUCACAUGACAAUGAGUUUGUUCCCCUGCUCGUGUCACUGUGUGUGGGCGUGGUGGAGAGUCGAGGGCUGCAGACGCAGGGCAUCUACCGCAUCCCCGGCAACAAGGCUUCUGUCACGUAUCUCACCGAGAUGAUCAACAGGGAUGCAAAAUCAAUUGACUAUGACGACUCAAGGUGGUGUGACGUCAAUGUGAUAUCCAGCAUGUUGAAGCAAUUCUUUCAAAAGUUGCCUGACCCUCUCUUUACCUGUGAACUCUAUCCACUCUUCAUCGAGGCGAGUAAAGUUGAUGAUCCAAAACAAAGGAUGCUGGAGUUGAAAAAAUUGGUUCAUGAAUUGCCAGACCAUCAUUAUGAGACUCUUCGAUUCCUCAUAAUGCAUCUAAACAAUAUUGUGACCAACUCCGACACCAAUAAGAUGGAUGUGCGUAACCUGGCCAUUGUGUUCGGGCCGACAUUGGUCCGCUCAGGCGACGACAACAUGGUUACGAUGGUCACAGACAUGUCCCAUCAGUGCCGCAUCGUGGAAACUCUCAUCAGCUACGCCAAUUGGUUCUUCAUGGAGGAUGAAGGAGAAGAGUUUUCACCUCCUCUCCUUGAGCCUGCAAUGAGUCUGAGUCCUGCUGCUGAUAGCUUUCCGAUGCCCCCUGAGCUGGAUACACCCUCAAGCCAGGCCCUCUUGCUUCACAACAUCCCAAAAGUUGAAGGUAACAUUAAGGGAGACAUGAAGAAAGAUAUUGUCUCCUCUAUCAUAUCUGCAGCAAACAGAAAAGUUCACAAAGGAAGGCAGAAGAAGGCUCAAGAAGACAAGCCAGUGGAUGAGUCAAAAUUCAGUGACAGAGACGGGGGCUUUGAGGAGCGGGACAUUGACAAGGAGGCCGAGCUGAGGAAGCAGCGGCUCAUGGCCAAGGAGAUGGAGCACAUGGUGGAGUUGCCGGACCCUAAACCAAUGAGUGAGCGGAAGAUCUCAAACAUGAGUCUUAUGAGUGUUCAGAGUCACAUGUCUGGUGGAUCUAAUGUGUCACAACAUGAAGGUGAAAGGACUAGUGGCAGUGGUUACAAGUUAGGCCUCCCUGUGGAUGAUCCUAGGUUAUAUUCCAUCGUGAAAAAGGAGGAACUUGCCUCCCCUCCAGUUCCAUUGACAUUGCCUUCCAAUGCGCCCACCAUGGCUGCUGCUGCAGCCAGUCAACAGUCUAGUCAGUUUACUCCUGAAACGUCCUCACUUUUUGGAGAUGAAGUGGCUAUUCGUUCCUAUGCCGGCCUCAGUGCAAGCACACAGGAGCGAAUACGCAGAUUUGAGAUGGAGACCCGUGCGAUGCUCCACCGCGACCUGACCAGACACCGGCGGGAGACCGAGAGGAGAGACGUGGAGCGGCAGAGGUUGGAGGAGCUGUGGCAGCGCGCCAAGCAGGACAUGGAAUCAGAGGACAUUUUGGACCAGCUAGCUGACAAUCCCACAGAGGUUGUCCGCAAGAUCUCUGACUACUCAUGGCGACUGCAAGGCUUGAGUGAGAAUGUAGGACAGCGAGGGUCACUAGCUUCCCAGGGCUCCACCACUAGCCCCCAGGCUGUCCUCUCUGCAGCCCUCUCUCACCAUCCCCUCUCUAACACCUCAUUUACACCCACCACUAAUGCCACUACCCAGGUACCUAACAACCACUUACAUCCACCUACUAUUAAGAUAGUCAAUGAGCCCACGGCUGGGAAAGCUAACGAUUCCAAUGAGUACAGGCAUGGCAUGCUACAGCAGAACUCACUUGCUUGGCUUGAUUACAACACAGCUUCACCACACAGCACUCUUGGGUCUACAUCUUCAUCCAGUAGCUCAGGUUAUGGCAGUCUAACCCGUCCAUCCCACUCAACUAACCGAGGUGAGACAGAGGAUACUACUUCUGCAAGGGCCGCUGAUGAAGCCUUUUCCCUUGAGCCAUCUGUUGCUCUCCCAAAGUCUGGCUCCACCUCACAACACUCUUCCCCCUCAAAUACUAAAAAGAAAAAAUCAAGCAAAGGCUCUGGUUUCUUCUUUGGCUUAGCCUCCUCAUCCUCGUCACCUUCCCUCUUCCCCUCAAUGGCUGAGGCUGCUGCUGAACUAACGCCAACGCGUAAAAUUGGCCAAACAACUAUUUAUCCUGAAAGUCCUCGUCCUCCCCCCAGCAACAAGUCUCACCUGUCCUCACAGUCUCAACUCACUGUUCCCGGAUCAACACUAACCCCCCAACCUAACAAUCCUGUCCAAGGCCGACAUAAAGACUCUAUCCUCCAUCACAUCCUACCCAGCCGCCUUUACCAUUCCCCCCGCCCCCUGCGCCGAGGGUCUUCCGCUGAGAACGUGACUCAGCCACUCAUCAACCCUACCUCCCCUUCCACCUUUGACACCCAGAAGGUCGUGAAUAAUGGCACUCUGAAGAGGGCCAGAACCAGCAGGGAACAGAUUUUGAAUGGUCCUGAGGCAGCAAUGCCGAGAUGUGGCUCAUUGGAUUCCCUACGCGAUGGCCCUCAUGUUCCACAUGAUGACGGCAGUGACCUAUUGAGUGCCAUCACUGCCACCUUCGAAGAAAAAAUGCGCAGCCUCCAGGAGUCUCCGUUGGGCCUCACUGCCUCAGACGGCAACGACUCCAGCAGCAGCAGCAGCAGCAGCAGCCAAGACUCUUCCCCCGAGGAGCCGCCACACCACCCAGAGCAGUUAGCCAGAGGGAGCUCCGGCUGCCGCCUCUAUCGUGACCCUUCCCUUCACCGCCGCCGCACCAGCCCACGCACCUCAGUCACCAGCCCCACCACUGUUCCUGUUGCCGCUGCCACCGCCACUCCAUCUCAUAUCUCCCAAAUUGAAGACAAUCAAUCAAGUAGCUUAAAAGAGAGUGACAAUAAGAUUCUGAGUGAAGAGGUAAAGCCUGGAGUGAAAGUAAAGCGAUCAGAUUCCUUAACAAAAUCUGAAAAAACUGAAAAUAAUCUAAAAGAAAAAACUGAGAAAAGAGCUCGAGAACUAAAGCGAACAGACACUCAGGAGAGUCUCAAUGAAAAAAGACCAAAGGAAAUGAAGCGCUCAGACCUUCUGGAGGGGCGGGAAAGGCUUCAGGAGCCUCCCAGGAAGUCAGACAUGAAGGAAAACAUUUCUGCCCCUCCCAGACGUUCCUCAGACAUCAGAAGUCGACGGCACAAUGUGAAGGAACUAAAAGAGAAAUUUGAGCAGAACACCAACAACCAAGCAAAUUCCAGUCCCAUGAAGCCCUCCAACAACCUUUAUGGGAACAGCAGCAGCAGCAUGAACAAGGGGAGCAAAGCAGCCAUGAGACGGACGGGUUACCGCGGCCCCAUCAAACGUCGGCACACCGUGGGCGGCACUAAGGACUUGGCCAAGUGGGCGUGGCUACACAGUGUCGAGGUGUCCAAGAGUGCACUGCGAGCCACCAGACUCACUGCCUGGGAGCGGCUGCAGCCCCUCGUUGUGGAUGAGCGACUCAACACGGACAGAUCCCUGGAGGCCUGGCUGACCCACGAACGAAUCAGGACUUCCUCACCUGACUUGUCCAGACCGCAGCAGCUCGUGUUGCCGCCCUACAUUGUGGGAGACAAGGAGAACCUCCACCGCCGCCUCAGUGUACAGGAAGCAACACUGAAUCCUCUCUAUCCUGUACUUGAGAGUCAUGUUUAAUGGUGGUUGAAGCAGCCAAUGCAUUUCUUUAUCUUUGACUCACCAGAACUGACCUACCACUGUGUGUGUGUAUGUGUGUGUGUGUAUGUGUGUGUGUGUGUGUGUGUAUGCAAUGUGAUCAGACUGUGUACAUGUACAAUAACGUGCGUUGGAAUAACGAGAGGGGUAAUGAACAGUGCUGUGAUUAUUCGUAUUAGAUAUCGUUUUAAAAAGCAUAUCACUGUAAAUAUAAAUAUCUAUAUAAAUAUAUUGAAAUAUCAUGAGCACAUUAUGUACAGGAUAAACAUUCGUAACUCGCCUUGUAAAUAGAAAUUUUAUAGGUUAUACAUAUGUCAUUGCAUUUCAUUUGUAUAAUAUUCAAAUAUGAAUAUAUUGCAUAACUGUAACAGUUUUAUUAGCUUUGGGUACACCAUGCCAGUCUUGCAAAGCAAGAAUUACAUGUUGCAUGGUUAGGGAAGCAAAUCAUGCAUGAAGUAAACACAUGCAGUAAGUCUGUCUUGAGGAUACAGGGAUGAGAGCAAACCAUUUCAAGAUUAGUGAGCUGCUUGUGAAAAUAUUGCAUGUUUGAUGGCAAAUUUGAAGAAUUACAUUCACUUUCAUCCAAUACUACAUAGAAUAAUUGGAAUAGAAUGAUUUGACGUCCUAGUUUCAAGUCAGAAAUUAUUUUUUAAUAACACAGGUAGGUUGCCAGCUACUGCAGUACAUUAAAGCUAAGACCUCAUAAGAAUAGAUUACAAUUGUUUACCAUUGAAGCCUUUUAACAUUUAUUUCAGCUGAAUAAACAUUGUUCAUGGUU